AUGUCCAAACGACCACGAACCCUCGACAGUUUCUUCGCCCCUCCAGCAGUCAAGAAAGCCCGAACAGAUUCCACGAGCGUCAGCCAAAUCACAGCCAAUACCACACCAUCCAAUACCCAACACCCAACCUAUCCCUUCGCCAUCGCCCAUCUCCCGCCGGAGAUCAAUGAGAUACUCAACUUUGCUCCCGCCGACGAAGGGCGCAUCAUCAACGACCAGCCCGAUUUGGAUCUCGUCUAUUACCACCCUUACAUCCCCAAAGACAUCUCCCGCCCACUUUUUGAAUUCCUCCGCCGCGAGUUGCCCUUUUACCGUGUCAAAUACAACAUCAAACGUGGGCCCGUGGAAACGCAGAUCAACACUCCCCGCUGGACGACGGUAUUCGGGAUAGAUGAGACGGCUCGCUUCGACCCCAACGGAAAACUUGUCGACGCCACGACUGGCACCCUCCUACCCAAAGACACAUACGCCUGCAAUCCCCGACCGAUCCCUCAGAGCCUCGACGUGCUGCGCAUCCUGACGGAGAACACGACGGGGUGCAAAUUCAACUUUGCCUUGGUCAAUUACUACGCCACCGGAACCGACAGCAUCUCCUACCACAGCGACGACGAGCGCUUUCUCGGCGUCGAUCCAGCCAUUGCGUCCUUCACUCUCGGGGCGACACGCGACUUCCUGCUGCGGCAUAAGAAGACGCCCGACGGAGAUGCGACGGAGAGCAAGCCCAUGAAGUUCCCUCUCGUAAGUGGUGACAUGGUGCUCAUGCGUGGCACCACACAAAAGAAUUGGGAGCACAGCAUCCCCAAGCGCAAAGGCGGGGAUGCGGACAGAGGCCGGAUCAACAUCACCUUCCGCCGGGCCAUGAUCAAGGGUGGGACGGCGAAUUAUUAUCGAUACAACGUCGGAGAUGGCCCGGUGUACAAGUGGGAUGAAGCGCAGAGGGAGAUGAUGCAGCCGAGUAGAACAGAGUGA